GGUUGGUACCACUGACGCUGCCGUUCGGUAGUUGGUUGUUGGAGCAAUUUGUAGUUUCACGUCUACAUUGUGUUGGUUGAGUGCAUUCCAGACAAUCUUUUUAUUCUAUAAGUAAGAAUAACUGAAGCUAAACAAUGCCGAAGGUGACUGUGACGUAUUUCAACGUGAAAGGUUUGGGCGAGGGUAUACGUAUGUUGCUGGCUUACGGCGGUCAGGAGUUCGAAGAUGUCCGCAUAGAGAAGGAACAAUGGCCGGAAUUAAAACCAAAGACACCAUUCGGUCAGCUGCCGAUGGUAGAGAUAGACGGGAAGCAGUACGCUCAAUGCGUGGCCAUCUGCCGCUACCUCGGACGUAAGUACGGUCUCGCUGGCGCAGACAUAGAGGAAGAUCUUAUCAUCGAUCAGAACAUGGACUUCUUUAACGAUGUACGCUUGAAGGCGGCGUCAGCGCAUUACGAACCUGACGAGAAACUAAAAGCAACGAAAGUUGAGGACCUUAAGAAGAACCAGUUGCCGCUCUUGUUUGGAAAGUUGGAUGAAAUUAUUCAGAAGAAUAACGGACAUUUAGCUGCAGGAAAGUUGACAUGGGCCGAUUUUAUAUUCGCCGGGAUGUACGACGCGCUCAAAAUGCUCACUCAAACGCCGGAUUUGGAUGAAAAGUAUCCGAGCUUCAAGAAACUGAGGGACACAGUUUGUGCUUUGCCUAAAGUGAAGGCUUUCAUUGACGCAGCGCCAAAAACUGAUUAUUAGUUAAUAUUCCAUGUUUCAUGUAUAACAUAUUUUUUA